AUGGAGGCCAAGGACGUCGCGCCGCUCGCCGCCGCCACCGCCGCCGCCCCCACCACCGCGCCGGCGCCGGCGCCGGCCCCGGCCGCUGCCCCUGCCCCGGUUUCGCAGGCCAAGCCGCAGCCGCAGCCGCACACGCAGCCACCGCCGAUCGCCUCCAUGCCGCCGCCGCCGCAUCCGUUCGCGCACCAUCAGCACCACCACCACCAUCAGCAUCAGCAGCAGCAGCAGCAGCCGCCGGCUGGGUCGGCGAACCCUGCCGCGCCCAUGCCCGGAGGCGGCAUGAGGCUCUCGUUCGACCAGAUGGUGGGGAAGCCGCCCGGGGAGCACCACCCUCACCAGCACCAGCACCCGCAUCAGCAUCAGCAUCAGCACCCGCACCAGCAUCACGCUCCGGGCCCCAUGCUCUACGCCGCGCCGCCGCCACACGCGGUGGCGCCACCGCCGGGCAGCAAUGCGCUCGGCAUGGGCGACCUCAUGCGCAAGAAGCGGGGCCGCCCGCGCAAGUACGCGCCCGACGGGAGCAUGGCCCUCGCGCUCGCGCCACUCUCCUCCGCCUCCGGCGGCGCCGCGCCGCCCCCGCCUCCAGGCCAGCAGCACGGCUUCUCCAUCAGCAGCCCCCCGUCCGAUCCCAACGCCAAGCGCCGCGGCCGCCCCCCUGGCUCCGGCAAGAAGAAGCAGUUCGAAGCACUCGGGUCGUGGGGCAUCUCCUUCACUCCGCAUAUCCUCUCCGUCAAGGCCGGCGAGGAUGUUGCUUCAAAAAUAAUGUCCUUCUCACAGCAAGGACCUCGCACAGUUUGCAUUCUUUCAGCAAAUGGUGCAAUAAGCAAUGUAACACUUCGGCAGCCAGCUACAUCUGGUGGACUGGUGACUUAUGAGGGUCGAUUUGAGAUCAUCUCCCUAUCUGGUUCAUUCCUGCUUGCAGAAGAUGGUGACACCCGUAGCAGGACUGGUGGAUUGAGCGUUGCACUUGCAGGAUCUGAUGGCCGGGUUCUUGGUGGAUGUGUAGCUGGGCAGCUAACGGCUGCGACACCUGUUCAGGUUGUCGUGGCUAGUUUCAUAGCCGAAGGUAAAAAAUCAAAGCCCGCUGAGCCACGGAAGGUUGAACCGAUGUCCGCACCUCCACAGAUGGCCACCUAUGUGCCAGCUCCAGUGGCCAGCCCUCCCUCAGAGGGCACAUCCAGCGCAUCAUCCGAUGACUCCGGCAGCCCCAUCAACCACGGCGGGAUGCCCUACAACCACUCUGGUGGGCAGCAGCACCAGCAGCAGCACAUGCCCCCCGCCUACGCAUCCGGCGGCUGGUCGCUCUCGGCGCACCAUCAGAACAACAACAGGCAUGACGCUGACAUGAAGAUGAUGUCGAACUAA